UCUCUUAAAUGGUUUACUGCUCUGAUUGCAUGGAAGGGAAAAAACAUUUGUUCUGAACAUGUGGAUAGUAACAGUUGUUAUUGGAAGUGAAUGAAUAACAAUUGUUCUUUUGACGGUGUUCUUAUGCUUCAUUAUUUAUUCCUUUCUAUUUUGUGCAUAUACUUAGGCCAUAUGUAGUGUUGUAAAAAAAACAUAGCAAUGUUGUGUAACCUUUAAUUAAUUUUGUAGGUUAUAAGUAAUGGACAAGAGUUGGAUGACGAUAAGAAGAAAUAGGUUGGCAAGUAGAGAGUAUAUACUAGGGGUGAAAUCUUUCCUCUAAUUUGCGAUGGCGAAUUUAGGACCACAGCCUGAGAUUCGGUGUCCAUGUAAUGAUUGUCUAAAUGGCAGAAAACAUAGCUUUGCAGUUGUUAAGAUCCAUUUGAUACGGAAAGGAUUUGACUCUUCUUACAAGACUUGGGUGCACCAUGGGGAAUUUGUUCCCACACCUCAAGCAUAUGAUGAUGACCAUCAUCACCCCAAUGAAGGUAUUGGGGAUGAAACUGGAGGGGAGGUCCCUAAGGAUGGCAACCCAUUGCAAAAUAUGUUGGAACAGGUAUUUGUUGGUGGCCUUUUGGAUGACGAUAGCGAUGAAUUGCCUGCUAAUCUUGGGAGGGGCGAUGUCCGGAGUUUCGAUAAGUUGUUCAAUGCUGCUCAACGUAAAAUUUAUCCUGGAUGUGAAAAGACUGUGCUAGCAUUCAUUGUUGAGUUGCUUCACGUUAAAGUCUACAAGAAGAUGCCGAAUGACACGUUCCAUAUUAUGAUGAAUAUUAUUAAAGGGAUGCGAUCAGACUAUGAUGAGGCUAUUCCUUGGAACACUUAUGAAGCGAAGAAAUUCUUAAGGGAUUUGGGUUUGGGAUAUGUGCCUAUUCAUGCAUGCAUAAAUGACUGCGCACUCUUUUGGAAGGAGAAUGCAAAUAUGGAAAAUUGCCCAAAGUGUAAUGAGCCUAGGUACAAGGUGAAUGAUGAUUGCAUCAUGCCUCCUGGAUCAAAAAAGAGCAGUGCAUCCUCCAACUCGACUAGCACAAUGCGUAACACUGCAGCAGUACGAGUUGAAACAGAAGCUCCAACACCCGCUUCAGAGAUUCUCACAUCUACUCCUUUGACUGUUGCAUCUCCUUCUACCCAUGCUAGUGCUUUAGGUUAA